AGAACGAACUCAUGUACACAAAGAACUGUCAUGGAUCAUGUGGAUGUUGUAUAAAGUGGUUAUGUUUUGGAUAGCCCAGUUCUGAAAUUAAGUAUAAGUUAAAGUACAGACUGCAAAAUAAGUCGGGAAGAUAUAUAUCACCAUAUGGUGGAUGGCCAGAAAUGGAAGCAUCCAAAGAAGAGAAUCAUCACGGAAAAAGUCAAACAUAUAUAUUUGGCAAUAAAUAUAAUCGUGGACUGGACGCAAUUGAGAAAAAUGACGAUGAUAUAAACAAAACAUCUGAUUGGGUUUCACCAAAAACCAACGAGCAAAACUCAUGUUGUUCUUGUAUUAAAAAACGAAGAUGGAACUUUUUGAUAGUUUUCCUCGCAAUUUCAUUCAGUUCAUUUCUAGUAUCCAUAGGCUUGGUGAUAUACCUUAUGCUUCAAUUUCAAGAUUUGAGUUUAGAGCUUGCAGCAUUGAGGAACAAUUCCUUGCACAACAGAUUUCAGAUAAAAAAUCUGAAGAGGAAGUUGAAAGUUUAUUUGUUGGACAUGAAAAACAUAGUGAAAACAUCAACAACAUGAGCAUCAUGUUAAAGAAUUAUACAGUUAUGUUCAAUCAAAGAAUUGGAAACCUUAAAGUGGAUGUCAAUAACUUAACAAAACUGUAUGAAAAUCAGGUCAAAAUACAGAGAGAUAUACAGACAAUGAUAGAGACUAAUAAUAGAAAUAACAGUAUGAAGAUGGGGAAACUUGACACAAAAGAUAUCGUGAUCCAAAAACAAAUUGAUGAAAUAGUACGGACACAAAACUCUUUUCAACAGAAGCUGUUAGACAUUCUAACGGCAGGAUCCAAUGCAGAGAUACGUAAUCAGAAAACAAACGAUAGUCAACGGAUCUGUCAUACGUCAGGAAUACAUACAUUGUUAUUUUUUAUAUUUCUGUUUAUUAUCCAUUGUGAGCCAGUUAUUUGAUAUAAAUUUUAAUACUUUAUAAUAAAUAAUGUUAUUGCAAUAAAAGGUAGUGCAAUGUUGAACUGUGAUCAAAUUCCACCAACAACAACUUCUUAAACAAAUCAGUUUCUUUGGGAGUAUUUUGGAGAAGUUAUAAUAGAUUUGAGUUGAGUGUUAAUAGAAAUAGGAAUUCUUAUAACACAAAGGCAAGACACAAAUUCAUUCUUCAGAAAGACAUAUGCUUCUCUGUGACCUUAAUUUUUAGACUAUUUUGCAUGAACAAGUGCGGGAUUUUGACUUGACGUAUCACAGUUCUGUCGAAUUCCGACUCCUCAUGGCUAAAUAAUUGUACUUGUUGUUAAGUUUGAUUUAAAAAAGCUUUUUGUUCUUUUAUACCUCGAAGUUUCUAUGAUGACACUUGCUGUUGUUCUCACGAGUUUAUUAGUCUUGCCUUGAACUUUUCAAUCAAUUUGCUCAAAUGUAUUUUUAUUUAUUGUAUGAAAUUUUGACCUCAAACUUAGGCAAAGUGUUUACAUCUAUUUUAAACACAAAGAAAUUUUCUGAUGAAAUUGGGAUUAUUUUGGACUCACAAUGUGGAUUCCGCAAGGGAUACUCUGUCCAAGAUAACAAGUUUGUUUUACAUUCUAUUAUUACAUUAUAAUUAUCUGCCGGAAAGAAAUUGUUCUCUGUAUUUGUGGAUUUUAAACGGACGUUUGAUACCGUUUGAAGGGCCGGGCUUUUCCAAAAACUUGUAAAAAACAACAUCAGAGGGAAAAUGUUUACAUUGAUACAGAAUGUGUACACAGAUAUUGAGUCUUGUGUUAAACUUAAUAAUUUGAAAACUGCAUUUUUCCAUGUGAAACGGGUGUUAGACAAGGAGGAAAUUAUUUCCAUUUCUUUUUGCUUUGUAUUUGAACGAUUUAGAAGACUUUUUGAGUCAAAAUUUAGGUCAUGGUUUAGAAUACUUAGAUUCAGAAUGUAUACAUAACAUAUGUAUUUAUUUGAAAAUGUUCAUUUUACUAUAUGCAGAUGAUACAGUUAUCUUUGCGGAUACUGUUGAAGAUUUACAAAUACUUUAAAUAUAUUUCAACAAUAUUGUAAUACAUGGAAACAUAUGGUCAAUGUCUCAAAGACAAAAAUUGUAAUUUUUGCAAAACGUAACUGUAAUAAAAAAAUUAAAUUUAAACUAUGUAAUGAUGAAAUUGAGAUUCAAGAUUCAUAUACAUAAUUAUCUUGGUUUGUUAUUUAAUAACAACGGUAAUUUUUGUAAAGCCAGAAACAAAUUAGCGGAUGAAGAUCAAAACGCUGUAUACAGUUUGUACCAGAGAAUUAAUAAUGAAAGUACUCCUUUAGAUUUUCAGAUAAAACUAUUUGAUUCGCUGGUAGCCCCUAUUUUGACUUAUUCCUCAGAAAUUUGGGGAU